GAGUCAAAGGCAGUAAGCCAAAGAGCAAAGAAGUGCAGACAAGAGAGAGAGAAAGAGAGAGAGAGUUGGAGUCUGAAACUGAACAUCGAGAUUUACGUUUCUCCGUUGCCGUCACGCCGAAGCUUCCUCCCUUCAACAGAAACCAACCCCCAAAGCUUUUAGCAAAAAUUUGCAUUUCUCUCUUUUGACUGUUCAUCAUCACUUAGUGGUCACUGAAUCUGUUCCAAUGGCGAUUCCAGAUUCUCCAACUCUUUUCCGCUUUCGCCUUUAGCUCAAACUUCUUCUUCAAGAAUUACCGUUGUUAAAAGUGAUUUCUCCACUUUGUAUCCUUUCCCCUUGUCCGCAUUUGUUCCACUCUCUCACUCUUCUUCAACGAUCAGCUUCCAAUGCCUCUCAGGAUUCUCCUCUGAACCCACUUCAAAGUUGCAGGUGAAUGAGAAAGACUUUGAUGUGAGUGAGUGAGUGAACCACCAAAUAGCAUUUAUGAUGAUUGUUGCGGCCUUCAUUUUCCUUUUGGCCUCGCCUCUUGUCCCUCGUUGCUCAUCGUCAGACAUAGACUCAGACAAACAAGCACUUCUCGAGUUCGCAUCUCUCGUUCCACACUCCCGCAAACUCAACUGGAACACCACAAACCCCAUCUGCACAUCAUGGACCGGCGUCACCUGCUCCAAAAACAACGCCCGUCGUGUAACCGCGCUCCGCUUACCCGGUUCUGGACUAUACGGACCAUUACCCGACAAGACCUUCGAAAAACUCGACGCCCUCAGGAUCAUUAGCCUCCGUUCCAACAACCUCCAAGGAAACAUCCCAUCCGCCAUCCUCUCUCUUCCUUUCAUCAGAUCACUCUACUUUCAUGACAACAACUUCUCUGGUCCCAUCCCUCACAAUAUACUCUCUCACCGCCUCGUCAACCUUGAUCUCUCCAACAACUCGCUCUCUGGCACCAUCCCCGCGAGUCUAACGAACCUAACUCAGCUCACUGAUCUCAGCUUACAGAACAACUCUCUAACCGGACCAAUCCCUGACCUCCCUCCUAACCUUAAAUACUUAAACCUCAGCUUCAAUAACCUCAACGGCUCUGUUCCUUCUUCUAUCAAGUCCUUCCCAGCAUCCUCCUUUCGAGGUAACACCCUCUUAUGCGGCGGUCCUUUAACUCCAUGCCCUGACAACACCACCACCAUCACACCAGUUCUCUCUACUCCAGCUAUCGUCGGCAUUGCGGUUGGAGGUUCGGUUCUGCUGUUCCUCCUCCUCGCCGUCGUAACUCUCUGCUGCGCCAAGAAAAGAGAUGGCGGGAACGACGACGAAGACGCGCCGAAAGCUAAACCAGGGAGGAGGAGAGACGACAACAACAAGGCGGAGGAGGAGUUUGGGAGCGGAGUGCAGGAAGCGGAGAAGAACAAGCUGGUGUUCUUCGAAGGAAGCUCGUACAGCUUCGAUCUCGAGGACUUGCUGAGAGCCUCUGCCGAAGUUCUAGGGAAAGGAAGCUACGGGACGACUUACAAAGCCAUCUUGGAGGAAGGAACGAGGGUGGUGGUGAAACGGCUGAAGGAAGUAGCGGUUGGGAAGAGGGAGUUCGAGCAGCAGAUGGAAGCUGUGGGGAGGAUGGGCCCACACGCGAACGUGGCUCCUCUACGUGCUUAUUACUUCUCGAAAGACGAGAAGCUGCUCGUGUAUGAUUACUACAGAGGAGGGAGCUUCUCCACGCUUCUUCACGGUAAAGAGGCGUUGGACUGGGAAACGAGGCUGAGGAUCUGUUUGGGAGCUGCGAGAGGGAUCUCUCAUAUACACUCUGCGUCUACGGGUGGUAAACUCCUCCUCCUCCACGGGAACAUCAAGUCACCGAACGUUCUGUUGACGCGAGACCUCGAUGCAUGCGUCUCGGACUACGGUAUAGCUCCGUUGAUGAGCCAUCACGCGUUGCUCCCGUCGAGAAGCUUAGGGUACAGAGCACCUGAGGCCGUGGAAACCAGGAAACACACUCAGAAAUCCGACGUGUACAGCUUUGGCGUGCUGUUGCUGGAGAUGCUGACGGGGAAAGCAGCGGGGAAGAAGACGGGUGGGAAUCAUGAGGAAGCGGUGGAUUUGCCUAAGUGGGUGCAGUCGGUGGUGAGAGAGGAGUGGACUGGAGAGGUGUUUGACGUUGAGCUGAUCAAGCAGCAGGAUAGUGUUGAGGAAGAGAUGGUGCAGACGUUGCAGAUAGCGAUGGCUUGUGUGUCCAAGCAUCCGGAUUCUAGGCCUUCCAUGGAGGAAGUUGUUAGCAUGAUGGAAGAGAUUAGGCCUUCUGCAGGUUCUCGCAACAGAGCCUCUUCACCAGAGAUGAUUAGAAGCUCUGAUAGCCCGGUUUAGAUUGGUUAUUUUUUUCUUUAUUUCUCAAAAAAUAUUAUUUAUUUUACUUUUUACUUUUUACUUCUUCUUCUUGGGAAGAGUAAAGCUUUUAGUAGUUCGCUGUCUCACUAAUGUAACUGAAACUCUGUCCUUGAAUUGUUGUAGUUCUUACAUUGGUUGUGUGUGGUUAAUAAAAAUUGUCAGUUUCCUUUUUUUUGGUA